CGGCGGGAGGCGCGCGGGCAGCGUGGUGACGUCACCGGAAGGCGGGCGUUGCCGUGGCGACGGCGGGCGGCGGGAUGGCGGCGCCGUGCUGGGUGCUGCGCUGCUGCUCGUGCCGCCUCUUCCAGGCCCAGCAGGCCAAGCGGAGCGCCAAGUGGAGCUGCAGCGUGUGCGGGCAGCGGCAGGCCCUGCUGAAGGUUUACGGCCGGGGGUCGGGCCGGGACUGCAGGCACCACGUCCAGAAGCUAAACUCGCUGCAGGGGGAGGCGGAGGAGGCGAUCGCUCGGACAACUCGGUGCAUAGAAGAAUCUGUAAAUGACAACGAAAAUAUAGCAGCCCGUGGUGAAGACAGUUCAGUCCAGCAGGAGGGACGAAUAGAAGUCAGUCGCUGGAGUAAGUAUCUGGACAAGGGCAGUGAAGAUCAGGAAGAGGAGGAGGAGGAAAGUACAGAAAGGCAACAGUUCUGUUCCCAGAGGAAGAAUGCUGUAGAAGAACAAAGGAAACAGCGGAAGAGAUUCCUCUACAGUGAUGUUCAGGAGCACUCAGAGGAAAAUGGAGCUUUCCAGCUUGCCUACCAAGCCAAAAAGGUUAAAACCUAUCAGCACAAGAAAUGUUCAAUACCUGUUCCUGAUCAAGGUGACGGAAAUGCUGUUUCUGCAGACAGUAUCGUACCUGCUGUCUGUCAGUCUGUAGUGCUACGGGAAAAUACACAGCCCCCAACCGCUUGUACCAAACCCUCAAAGUGGGAAAAAUUUCUUUCAUGUUCUGACGAUAGUGAAAAUGCUGCCAGGGUCACCUUGUCACCACAGGAUGGCAGUGGAAGGUUGGGGCUACACCGCACCACUGCAGUAAGUAUAGCCACUGGAUGCACAGAAGAAGCUCAGAGCGCUCUGCCUCCAAGUACAGGUUUUAAAUUUAGGAAGUCCAGUACUAGCACUGAACAGCUUGCCUUAAAACCGCCUGGCAGCAUGCUGCCCAGCAACAGUUGCUCACAGGGGAAGGAUGCACUGGUCAAAGAACCUCAAAGCCAAUUGUUACGGGCUGGAACUGGUAUCCUUGACGCUGCUACAGGACCCCCUACGACCCCCCCUGUUAAGUGUAACACUGGGCCCAAGCCUAGCAGCAUUUCUCGUGAACGCCUCUUCUGCACUGGUGAGGAGUUUGAUGACGAUUUCUGAGAAAUUCAGGCAGCUCCAGCAUUGCUUGCCUUUUUGUAUGCCUAGCAUAUGUUUGGUAUAUUGAGUACUGAAGGGGGCUUUAAUUGCACUAUUAAAGUUGUUUAAAUGCUAUACAGUUGUCUUGUGGGGAGAGACCGCUCCCAUGGGCAAGUGCUGGGUUCGUAUGAUGUUAUCUAGCAAGCAUCUUAGAAAUGAGAAUGGAAGUAGGUCAGCUGAGUGGGGAGUGGAAGAGGGAGAAACAUCCAAGUCUCUAAGGAUCUCUGACCAGUACAAUGAAAUUCUGUGAUUAUCUGUGAUUAACUCCCCAUUAUAAACUACACCCCUUUUCCCACCUCUGUUUAGAUCUCCCUUAGCAACCCUUUCUUCCAGAGUUGCAGAGCAGGCUCCAGAGCCAACCCAGUUGAUUUCCUUUCAGUAGUGUAUAGCCCUAAGGGUCUGCUCAAAUAAAACCCCCACUGCAUG